CACAGCUGCAAGGUACCCACUGCAACACCCAUGAACCCAACUAGUGCGCUUGCUCGGCCUUAGUCUCUGUCCUGUGGACAGCUUUAGCUGACAUCGCGUAGGUAGGCCGCAUGCAUGCAAACACAACUUCGGGCUCACCACUGUAAAGCGGCUGACCGACCACGCCAUCACCGCGAGCAAUGUCCGCACUCGCAGCGCCCGUCACCAAGGGCGAUAUACUGGUUCUGUUGGGGCUUGCGAAGCAUUCGUUAAACAGCUUUAUCGACAGUGCAGCGGCCGCGAUCGGCCUGUCUCGGGCGCAGGUCCGGGCCGUGGUGGGCAAGCACGGCCGCGGCCGAGCUGGCGGCCGAGCGGCGGCAGGCCGGGCCGGGCGUGGCCAGCAGCGGGCCGCCGCGAGGGCCGGCACUUCACACGCUGCAGAUGUGGAUGAAGAUGUUGGUAGUGGGGAUGGCGACGCAGAUGAGGAUGAGCAGCUUGGGGCUGGCAGUGAUGGCAGCGACGGCGCGGCAGAUGGCAUGGCAGAUGCUGAGGAGGGAGACACCGAGGAAGGGGCGCAGAGCGGCAGCAGCGCCAGCGGCAGAGGUCACAAAGCCGACUCUUCGGAAGAGGAACUGGGUGCGGGCGGUGGCGGCGGCGAGGACCAGGACCGGGACGAGGAGGACGACGAGGAGGAGGACGCGGGCGCCAUGCCGCGCAGCAGGAGCAGGAGCAACAGCAGGAGCAGGAGCAGGAGCCGCGGCCGCGGUACUCGCCAGGGUGGGGGCACCGGCGGUCGCGGCCGGGCGCUGCACCCCUACAACCUGCUGGUGUGCUGGUUCCACAAGAUGGUGGCGGCCACUGGGGGCGGCGGCGCGGGGCCAGCAUCGCGGCAUCAGCGCCAUCGGCUGCGGGGGCACCGGCGGCAGCGGCGCCGCCACCCGGCUGUCGCGGCGCUGCUGGCCCUUCAUGGCGACAAGGCGGGCGGCCAGGCGCGGGCGGUCAACAUGGCGGCGGUCAGCCAGCUGAAGCGGGAGCUGGAGGGGGGCGCGGCGGGGCGGGCCGCGAGCCGCCUGUGGGCACGCGUUGAGCGCCGGCUGCGCGGGCUGCUGGACCGCCACUACGCCGAUGCCGCUGACGCCUCCGGCCGCCGCGCCCGCCGGCAGCAGGCAGAGAGCGACGGCGAGGACGGCGGCGGCGAGGCGGCGGGGGCGGGCGCCCCGGCGCCGCGUGUGUCUGCGGCGCAGCUGGUGGAGCGGUACCAGGCGCAGCAGCGGCGGCUGCAGCGGAGCCGGCGAGCACGGCAGGCGGCAGGUCGGGAGGGAGAGGCGACCGAGGAGGAGGAGGAGGAGGAAGAUGAGGAGGAAGAGGAGGAAGAGGAGGCCGAGGAGGCCGAGGAAGAGGAGGGUGCCAAGAAGCAGCGGCCGGGCCCUGGUCUGCCGCUAGAGUGCCUGCUGGAUGCCUGCUCCGACCCGGAGGAGGGGGAGGGGGAGCAGGAGCAGGAGGAGGGGGGCCUGCAGGAGGAGAGCGCGGAGGGGGAGCAGGGGGAGGAGGAGUGGGAAUGGGCGGAGGAGGGGGAGGGCCAGCAGGCGGCAGAUGUCGGCGUGGCUGCUGUCGCUGCCCAGGACGCGGUCCCUGGCGGUGCUGCACACGGCGGGCGGACCCGCGGCGCCGACCCCAGUGGCGCUGCCGCGCAGCGGCAGCACACGUCCUUCCCUGCGGGCAGUGCCCUGGACGGUGGCAAGGGUGGGGGCGGGAGGGGCGGCGGCGGCAAUGGCGGCGGCGGCAAAGCUCAGCACGGCGCCGCUGGCAUGGCGGCUUGGGGCGGCGCCUAUGGGCAGGGGCCGGCGUCGGGGCUAGGCGAUGAUGCGGAGGCGGCCCGCAGCGCGGCCCUGCACGCCGCACACCAAGGGGCAGCAGGUGGGGCAGGAGGCAGCGCUGGCAAAGGGCGGCCUGCAGCCACCACCGCCCCUGCCUCGUUGGAGGCGGCCGAGGUGGCGGUGGAAGGCGCGGCGGCCGCACCGGCGGACUUCCGGGUACCGCCGCCGCGCCGCCCGCUCCAGUCCCCACCCGGCACAGCCGCCGUCGCGCCACGCCACGCAGGAGGUGAUGGGCGCGGAGGGCUGGGGCUGGGGCCGCAGGGCGGUGGGGCCGCAGCCGCACAGCUGGCGCAGAGCCCAGCGGCUGCAGGCCACACGGGCGGCGUGGGGGCGGCAGCAGGGGUGGGGGCAGCAGGGGCGGGAGGACACUUCAGCGCCACACCGCCGACGGCGCCCCGCGGCCCGCGCACACUGCCCACUCCCGGCACCGCGCCACCUGCUGCCCGCUGCGGCGCGGGUGCUGGCGCCACCGCCGGCGCUGGCGCCUCCUCCACAGCGGUGGCGGCGCUGGGGCCUCCGCCCAGUACUCCUGCGGCGUCGGGCUCGGUGGCGCAACCGCCGCCGCGCCUCCAGCCCCACACCUCGCGCCAGGGUGGCGGCAUCAGCGGCCACCUGCAUCACGCCCAGGGCGCGCCGCAUCCCAGGCUGCAACUGCAUGAGGCCAGGUCUCCACGGGACCCCCGUCAGCCGCCGCAGCAGCCCCAGCUGCAGGGCGGCGCCGCUGCCGGCUUCAUAUCCCCACUGUCACCGCCGCUGCCCGGACCAGCAAUGGAGGGAGGAGCAGGCGCCGCGGCAGCAGGCUCUGGCGCGGAUGCUGGCGGCAUAGGCAGCGCAGCUGAGCAGGUGCUGCCAACCACGCGCGACAGGAGCCGCGAUGGGGUGCGAGAUCUGGCGCGCACACCUGACGGCGGCGCGGCCGCGCCUGGACACCAGCCCGCAGGCACCGGCACGUCGUCCCCAGGAGGCGGAGCCAGCGCCAGCCCAGACGGUGCCGAGACUGCCGACCCGGGAGGCAGCGCACCUCCGGACCGGGGCCCUGACCCGGGCCCUCUGCAGCAUCACACGAUGCGGCGGCGACGGCAUCAGCAGGCGCUGGGCGGUGGGCGGCGCCUCGAGCAGGAGCUGGAGCUGCAGGGAGUGCAGCGGCAGUGGCAACAGGACCCGGGCGGGGCGGGGGAAGGCGACACGGAGGAGGCCCGGGAGGGGACCGACCGGCCGUCUGGGCGGCUACUGGCGAGCGAUGCGACAGCAGCCGCGGCAGCUGGGGGGCUGGCAGGGCAAGGCGCGGCACAGGCGGCCGGCCGGGCACGCAAGGCCGCAGCUACUGCGGCUGCAGCCGUGAUGGCGGCGGUGCCUCCGGCAGAGCUGCAGAUCGAGGUGGCCGAGCCCGAGCCGCACCCCUCGGAUGCACACGCACCAGUGGACCGGGAGCGGGAGUCACCCAAGAAGCGGCGGCGGCUCCAGCGGGCGGAGGAGCGGCAGCAGCAGCAGCAGCAGCGACAGCAGAGUCAGGAGCAGGGCGAGGAGCGGCAGGAGGCGCGGCAGCAGGGCGGCCCGGCCACGCCCAGCUUGGAUGUGGUGCAGGCGGCAGCAGGCACAGCUCACGGGCAACGGGGCGGUGCCGAGCGCGCUGGCGGCCCCGGGUGGAAGCGGUUGACACUGGAGGGGGUGAACAGCAGCCCGGCUGGCGGAGGCGCUGCGGAGCAGACGCCACUGGCCCAGCUGCGGGGCCCCGCCGUGGGGUCGCCGGCUGCCCUGGCGCCACCGGGGGCCCUGUUACAGCGGCAUGUGCAAGUAGCGAGCCAGCGGCCUCAGCCAGGUGCGGCGGCGGCGGCCACUGCCACUGGGUCGGCCGGCACCGCCACCCCUGCCGCCGCCGCGGGCAGCAUCGGCAACAGUAGCGAGCGCGGCGGUAGCGGAGACGGCGGCACGGAAGGCUCCCCGUACCUAUGGAAGAAGGACAAGCGCAAGCGCAAGGACCGACACAAGGAAAAGCAGGGGCGCAAGGAGAAGGACAAGGAGAUGGACAAGGACCCGGACAGGGAGCGGAGGCGGCAGGAGAAGCGGGAGAGGCGGGAGCGCAAGGCGGCACUCGCUCAGCAUGCCGGCGCUCCGUCAGCGGCUGAGUCCGCAUGAAGUUAGGGUGGUGCUUCAUGCAGACUGGCGCAGGGCCGUGCGCAGGUCGUCCUGAGUAGGGACUGGCGCAGGGUGCUGGCAGGUGCCCCAGCAGCGCGUACGGUGUACGGAGGCCAAAAGCGCGCGAAACUUUACAGGCGAUGAGCAAGAGUGACAUGUACAUAUUACGUUUGACCGUGUUAUAAUAAGCAUUUUGUGGCUACCCACGCCCGCCUUGAGCCUUCCUCCGCAUAAAUAAUGGCUUCGCAUGUCCCGCGUGAACUUCGCAUAGCUGUGGAGGUACAUUGUAAAGUAUACCGAUA